AUAGUCAUCAAAACUAAAACCUCACAUUGAGACGUUCCAUCUGCUUAUUGUUCUUCUUUGGCUCUCAAUAUUGCUCUGAGUUUACGAUUUGCGUUUGGGUUCUGAACCAGAAAUGAUGAAGGGUUCGAGGAUGGCCAGUCAGCUCCUAAAGCAGCUCCGGCCGCGGCUUUUUUCCACGGCAACCCUGGGCGAACCGGCUACAGAUAUUUUGACGACCGGGACUUAUUCUAAUUUCUUCCACACAACGACGGGCGUACCAGUUCGAACCGGCAUGGCUUGGGUCAGGUUACCAGCGGUUGGUGUACGGCAUGGAAGUACUUUGACCUCGAACAAGGAAGGGGAAGAGAAAGAAGUGAAAACCAGUUCUGGUUCAGCCGCGGGUGAACCAAAGGAGAAGGCGAUGAUCACUAGUUACUGGGGUAUAUCUCCUUCUAAGGUUACUAAGGAGGAUGGCACGCCGUGGAAGUGGAGCUGCUUCAUGCCUUGGGAGACGUACAAAGCGAAUACUUCAAUUGAUGUAAAGAAGCACCACGUCCCAUCUUCAUUGUUGGAUAAAUUAGCUUUCUGGACCGUCAAGGCUCUCAGAUACCCAAGUGAUCUCUUUUUCAAGACACAAUACGAUAGCCGGGCUAUGUUGAUUGAAACAAUAGCAGCCGUGCCAGGGAUGGCUGGAGGAAUGCUUUUGCACUUAAAGUCCCUGAGGCGAUUCGAACAGAGUGGAGGAUGGAUUAAAGUUCUGUUAGACGAAGCAGAGAACGAGAGAAUGCACCUUAUGACUUUACUGGAAGUUGCUCAGCCAAGUUGGUUCGAACGAGCUCUUGUGUUCGCAGUUCAAGGAGUGUUCUUCAAUGCCUACUUCGUGGGUUACUUGAUCUCUCCCAAGUUCUCUCACCGAGUUGUAGGAUACUUGGAAGAAGAAGCGAUUCACACCUACACCGAGUUCUUGAAGGAACUUGAUAAGGGUAAUAUUAAGAAUGUCCCAGCACCGGCUAUCGCCAUCGAUUACUGGCAGAUGGCGCCGGACUCCACACUCCGGGAUAUGGUGAUGGCCUUGAGGGUGGAUGAGGCCCAUCACCGUGACGUUAACCACUUUGCAUCGGACAUACACCACCAAGGACUUGAACUGAGGGAAGCCCCUGCUCCACUUGGAUAUCACUAAAUUCUUGCAAUGGAGGGACAACAUUGAAUUUAAAGGAAAAAAAAUUACCCAGUGAAAAGUUUGAAGCAUUAUAAAAAAUGGAUUUUUAUUUAUUUGUCGUUGUAAAAUGUAAAUGUACCAGGGAAAAGGUUCUCUCAGCCAAAGGCGUAUAGCCAUAUAGUAUGAUUGCUCAUAUUCAUGAUUAUAAUAAUAUUUUUUUGUAAUAAAAUAAAUAAUGAUUGGAAAUUAAAAUCAAUGUGAUGGGAGGAUGUAGGUUAUUUUAAUUACUUAGAGAACACUCUUUCAUUAAUUAUAGGGAUUGAGUUCUCUGUC